AUGAAGCACAGAAAGGGCGGUGAGCAGCCAGCGAAGAUCGAAGAGGAAGAGGGCAAAGCGGAGGUUGUGUCGAAGGAGGCCAAGAAGGAGAAGAAGAAAGAGAAGAAGGAAAUUCAGGGCCUGGGCUCGCAACAGGUGAACCUGCAACUGCCCAUCUACGGCCUGGCAGUGCGCCACGUUGAUUUUGAAGAAGUAGAAGCAAACGAAAAGGGCAAGAGCAAGGAUGGAAAGAAGGAAACGAAGGGUGCCGCACUGCCGCUCAGCGUAAUCGUUGGUGGGGGCGGCGGACCGGGCAACACUGGAAUCGAAAACAAGGUUGCCUUGUUCGAGUUCAAGGAUGGUGGCUUUCACCUGCACGCCUUGGCGGACAUGGGAGAGUGCGCCAUCAUGAACCUUGCUGUGCACCCGGAGACGGACUUCUUGGAGAACAAGGAGGAGAGCGACCAGAAAGCAGUUCUCUUCACGCCCAAUGGCAAGGUGCUCGUGACGGCUGGCGUGGACGGAGCUGUUCGUCUUUGGGACUGGCCAACGCUGAAGGAGAAGGCUGCGCUUAUGCCAGCUUCGCCCAAGGAAAUCGCGUCGAUGCACAUCUCUCCCGAUGGACUCUUGCUGGCAACCGUGACAGGCCAGCCGGGCGACGUGUGCCGAAUCUGGCAGCUGCCGAAGGACGGCAAGCCAAAGGAACAGCAGACCAUCACCCCUCCCGGAAGCGACAAGACCUUGUGCUUCAGGGACUGCAAGUUCUCUCCCGAUGGACAGCACCUGUACACCAUCCAAACCAAGAGUCGAUCCGACUCCUACCUGACGAAAUGGAGCACAAAGAAGUGGCAGGACGGGCAGUACGUGGCCACGGGCAGUGGCGAGGGCGAGUUGGCGAUCUUCCGUACGAGCGAUAUGAAGUGGAUUCACAGGAAGCGUGUACACGACUUCUUCGUGUCCAAGGUAGCCUUCGCUCCCGAUAGCUCAUACGUCUUUUCCACGUCGGGAGACUACUCUCUUGUCGCCACCGCCGUACAGACAUCUCGAGGUGUCAUGUCGUUGUAUGGUCGAGAGCUCUUCGUGACCUUUGCCGUGCUAGUGGCGCUGCUCGCCAUCUUCAUCCAGUACUUCGUACGCUGA